GAUUUAAUAGAAAUAUUAAUUAUAUCAUGUCUUGUUUGCAUUUUAUCUAUUGUGUUUCAUCAGUCAUGUCGUCAUAAUAAUGUCAGUCGUUACAUCCUAUUUAGUAGAUUACUAUCGUAGCCAACAUAGUCUUUUCGAGAAGUUACAUUUUUCAUGUCAAAAGUAUGCACGAAUGUUUCGUGAAUAUUUGAUGUUCAUUCUUUGAUAAAAGUACUUGUUUCUAGUUACGAGAAUUCAGUCAUCGACGAUUAUCAUAGUCUUUUACGUGUCUUCGACUUCUUUUGAAUAUAUGCACAAUUUGUGAUCUUUUUCGAGAAAAAAAAGAAGAGGCAAUCAAUUUGAACAAAAUGAGAUUUGCUAUGUAUUUCAAUUUUAUUUCUAUAGUUUUUCAUUUAACGGGAGCUACAAUAUACGGUGACGGAUCACUGUACAUUCCUUUAAUAAAAUGGGUUCGCACAUAUUAUUCGACUUCUGCUGUCUUUUUGCUGCAUUCACUUAGCGAGAACAAAUAUUUCGAUGGCGUCAAGAUAGCAUAUGUGUCACACACAUGGUCUCGUCUUCUUCAUCGUGAGCAAAUUGCAACUCUAAGUUGUACAUUCAAGGAUAUUCAUGCACUGAAAAGAAACAGUAUCCUUCGACCGUUGGUCAUUGUUUUUUUGCCUGGAUCUGAAGCCGUUUCCGAAUUUUCAAGAUACUCGAAAUCCUUGAAAAUGUCUUUAUUUGCAUGGUUUGUAAUAUUUAUGACCGAGUCGAUGAACAAGAAAUAUUGCUACAAUCCAUCGGGAAAUCCAUUUCAUUUGUUAUUUGAUACUGAAAUGCUGGUCAUGUGUUACGGUGAUCCUAUUCUUCGUGAGUGGUAUUCCGUGGAUGGGAACAACACCGUCAUUUUCGACUUAAUGAAGUGGUAUCCAGAGAGACAAGUGGGAUCGUCAACGGCUGCUUUGAGUUCGUUGACCAAUUUCAGUUUAUACGAGAGGAGAAAUGAUCUGAAAGGGAAAGUUCUGCGAGCUGUCAUUGUCGAGAACUCGAUAUUAGUCGCCGUUAAAAAUAAUAAAUUGGAAGGAUAUUUUAGUAGAGCGAUCAGCGAGCUUGAGAAUUAUCUGAACUUUACUCUCGAUAUCGCGUUCACUGAAACCGAGUUUGGAAUCUUCAACGCGACGACGAAAAGUUGGAACGGUGCAGUUCGCUUAGUGGCUUCUGGAGAAGUAGAUAUCGGAAUAGCCGAGUUUUCGAUGACCAAUAUUAGACUUGAUUACGUUGAUUAUAUGAUUCCUAUUCUUACCGUUAGGAAGUCUUUGUACUUUAAACAACCAGAUGUACUCACGGUGAAAUGGUUUGCUUAUUACAAGGUUUACAGUUUUACACUCUGGAUGUCUCUACUCAUGACAAUCAUAAUUGCAUUAUUUGUUUUGGCCUUUAUUAGAUCUCAAGUAGAAUCCACUAAUCUCAUCAGGGAAAUAUCCCAUGAAUUUAUUCGAGUUUGGGGCAUUUUCUGCCAACAAGGAAUCACAGCUGAAUUUCCGCAGAAUUCAUCGCUGAGGUUAGCAUACUUUACCAUACUCGUUGCUGGUAUAGUAACAUUUGCCGCUUAUUCCGCAUCUAUGAUAUGCUUCGUAACAGCUCGUGUUCAUAAUAUUCCCUUCCGUACGAUUCAAGAGUUCCUCGAUGAUGAUACAUACAGUUUAAUCGUUCAAAGAUCUUCCUCGGACUACGACAUAUUUACUAAAUCGAAAGAUCCUAUUUCGAAGCUCAUGUUGCAAAAGCUAAAGCCGAGAGAUGUUCUACCACUCAGUGUAGACGGUGCAUAUUAUAACAUCUGCAGUGAUGCCUCAUUAACGUAUUACAGCGGUUUUAAUAGAGAACUACGGAGAAUGGUGAAUUUCCGCGCUCCAUGCGAUAUCACCUCUAUUGACGUCGGCCGAGUGGAUAGUUUAUCUCUGAUUCUACCGAAAAACAGUCAAUUCACCUCUGUUUUGAAUUACUAUAUGCAGAAACUUUUGAACACUGGCCUACUGAACCGGUUCAAGACCGAAAUAACUUUCACGCAGAAAACCAGAUUCCAGCCGGUUGGAUUUAACAGCAUCGUAUCUGUAUUAAUAAUCUUCCUCGGCGGUAUUAUAUCAGCACUUGUAAUACUACUCAUAGAGAUAUUUUACAAUAGAUAUAUGAAUUCUUAUUUCAAUUACCCGAUUUAAGGGUAAAUUUUUCCAUAUAUGCUCGUCAAAGAUUGUCAAAACACGCUAAUGUACGAUUCAACUUCGAGUUGAAUUUUUUCUUUAGCUUCAACUUAAAACAUCAGUAGCGAAUGUAAUCAAAUAGAUUUAAAGACACGAUAAUGAAACAUCUAUGGCACCAAGAAAUAACACGUCUCAUUUUCUUUUCUCACAUUGUCAAGAUAAAAGUCUGACGUAUAACCGAUGCAAAAGUGUGAUACGCACAAUAAUAAAGAACAUUCACU